AAAUUUGGUGGUUUGGUUUGGCAGCUUUAGAUUGGUGACGAUGACGACGAUUGAGGGUGUAAUGGAUGCGACGGUUUUGGACGACAUUAUUCGGAGACUUCUCGAAGGAAAAGGAGGAAGACAGGUUCAAUUAUCCGAGAUUGAGAUCCGGCAGCUCUGCCUCCAUGCCAGACAUCUCUUCCUCUACCAGCCCAAUCUCCUUCAUCUCCAUGCUCCCAUCAAAAUCUGCGGUGACAUACAUGGACAGUACCAAGACCUUUUGAGACUCUUUGAAAAUGGUGGCUUCCCCCCUACUGCAAACUAUCUUUUUCUUGGGGAUUAUGUGGAUCGUGGAAAGCAAAGCUUAGAGACUAUAUGUUUGCUUCUAGCCUACAAAGUGAGGUAUCCUAACAAUAUCUUUCUUCUCAGGGGGAACCAUGAAGAUGCAAAAAUUAACAGAAUCUAUGGCUUUUAUGAUGAAUGUAAAAGGAGGUUUAACGUCCGACUAUGGAAGAUUUUCACUGAUUGCUUUAAUUGUUUGCCUUCGGCUGCACUCAUUGAUGAAAAGAUACUUUGCAUGCAUGGAGGUAUCUCACCUGAGUUGGAUAAUGUGAAUCAAAUAAAUAACAUUACAAGGCCUACUGAGAUUCCAGAUAAUGGUCUCCUUUGUGAUUUGCUUUGGUCUGAUCCUGAUCCCAAUAUUGAGGGUUGGGCAGACAGUGAUCGAGGUGUGUCAUGUACGUUUGGAGCUGACAAGGUUGAAGAGUUUUUGGAGAAGAAUGAUCUUGAUCUCAUAUGCCGAGGCCAUCAGGUGGUGGAGGAUGGGUUUGAGUUCUUUGCGAGGCAAAGAUUAGUCACAAUAUUUUCAGCUCCAAACUAUGGUGGGGAAUUCGAUAAUGCAGGUGCUUUAUUGAGUGUGGAUGAAGCUUUAAUGUGUUCUUUUGAAAUCUUGAAACCAGUUGAAAACAAACCAGUUGAAAAUAAGCCAGUUGAAAACAAACCAGCUGAAAACAAGCCAGUUGAAAACAAACCAAUUGAAAGCAAUCUAGCAUCAUGCAGUUCUAAUACAUCAGGAUUGACUCUUAAGAAGGUUCUCCUAUCAACGGGUUCUCCUGAUUUUCGCUGAGCAGCUCCCAAAAAGUCGAAAGGUUUGACAUGUGACAUUUGGUGGCCUUUGAAGAUUUGAUUCAUUAAUCCAAAGGGAUGUUUCUUGGGACCUUGGUUUUGUUGUAGUUUGAUUUUUUUUUUUUUUUUUUUUGUUCCUUUGAUGCUUUUCGUCUGUAUCAGCAUCAAUAAAAAACUCAUGAAAUUAAAGCAUGUCAAUGAUUCAAGCCUGCAUAAGAGCAGUAUUGUAGUACACCAUCUGUAAAUUAACAGGGCACAAUAGCCUCUGUACAGGAACUGAGAGGGGCAUCAUAGUUUAUUUCAGAAGGCCUUUCCUAAAUCAAAGGAUGUGUCAUUGUAGUUGUCUGCAGCUUAUACUAGUCUUCAAAGUGGUUGACUAAAAUAUGCUCAGAAAUCGACAAGUCCAUGAUAUGUAUUGUAUAAGGUUCUGAAAAUUCAAGUAAUGAAGGGAUGGUUAUAGUUAAAAAUCCACUUCAUACUAAAUUUCUGCAUAUUAUAGUGGA